GAGGAGAUUAUAUCGGCUCCGGGUCCGAUUUCUCUGUGGCUGUGAAGGGUUAAUAACAUCGACGAUGAUCAGAAAUUCGCAACUAUGGGAAUUACUAAGGAUUCCAUCAUGAAGAACAGCAGCACUGGAGGCUGGAAAUAUGCAAUGCUGUUGCUUGUGAAUCAAGGCAUGGCAACACUAGCAUUCUUCGGAGUUGGAGUGAAUUUGGUUUUGUUCUUGACGAGAGUUCUAGGCCAAAAUAAUUCACAGGCUGCAAAUAAUGUCAGCAAAUGGACCGGAACGGUUUAUCUUUGUUCACUGAUUGGAGCUUUCCUCAGUGAUUCUUACUGGGGCCGCUACUUAACCUGCACAAUCUUUCAGCUGAUCUUUGUUUUGGGUUUGGGACUAGUAUCAUUAUCCUCAUGGCUGUUCUUGAUCAAGCCUGAGGGCUGUGGAGAUGGAAAUUUGAGCUGCAAUCCUGCAUCUUCAGCCGGGGCUGCCCUUUUUUACUUGUCGAUUUACAUGGUUGCUUUCGGAUAUGGAGGACAUCAACCUACCAUAGCCACAUUUGGAGCAGAUCAAUUUGAUGAGAGAAACCCAAAAGAGAAAAUCUCCAAGACUGCAUUCUUUUGUUACUUUUACUUCGCACUCAACGUUGGAUCGCUGUUUUCGAACACCGUGCUGGUUUAUUACGAAGAUACAGGGAAAUGGACACUAGGAUUUUUGGUUUCAUUAUGUUCUGCCAUUAUUGCACUGGUAGCAUUUUUGCUCGGAACGCCUAAGUAUCGGUAUGUUAAACCGUGUGGUAACCCUUUACCCCGUGUGGCUCAAGUGUUCGUUGCUACAGUUAGAAAGUGGGAGAUCGAACCAGCUGAUCCAGAUGACUUGUUUGAGGUUGAAGGAUCUGAAUCUGCAAUCAAGGGCAGUCGAAAAAUUCUUCACAGUAAUGAUUUUGAAUUUCUGGACAAGGCAGCAACGAUAACAGAAUCCGACAUGAAUGAAGCGGAAAAUCCAUGGAGGCUUUGCACCGUGACACAAGUAGAAGAAGCAAAAUGCGUAAUGAAAAUGAUUCCCAUAUGGCUCUGCACCAUAAUCUAUUCUGUUGUCUUCACCCAGAUGGCGUCUCUUUUUGUCGAGCAAGGCGAUGUAAUGAAUUCCCGAGUUGGAAACUUCCACCUCCCAGCUGCAAGCAUGUCUGCAUUUGACAUCUGCAGUGUACUUAUCAGCACCGGGAUUUAUCGGCGGAUUCUCGUGCCAGUAGCCGGAAAACUAAGUGGAAAUCCCAAAGGCCUAACCGAACUUCAAAGAAUGGGAAUUGGACUAAUCAUAGGCAUGUUAGCAAUGAUUGCAGCCGGUAUAACAGAACUCGAAAGGCUUAAACAUGUUACUCCAAAUGAAAAAUCAAGCUCUUUAAGCAUAUUCUGGCAAGUCCCACAAUACGUUCUUGUUGGUUCUUCCGAAGUUUUCAUGUACGUUGGUCAGUUGGAAUUCUUCAACGGACAAGCACCGGACGGGAUCAAAAGCUUCGGUAGUUCUCUCUGUAUGGCUUCGAUUUCGCUAGGGAAUUACGUUAGCAGCUUGUUGGUUAACAUGGUAAUGGGGAUCACAGCAAGAGGUAACAAGGAUGGUUGGAUCCCUGAAAAUCUUAAUAGAGGCCAUAUGGACAGAUUCUACUUCCUUAUAGCAGUGCUUACCGGGUUUGAUUUUGUGAUUUACGUGUUUUGUGCAAGAUGGUAUAACUGCAUCAACCUUGAUGAAAGCAUAGAUCAAAAUGAUAUUCACAAGGAUGGAAAUGGAGAUCGCGGGGAAUCUAGAGCAGUUUAAGAAAUAUGGUGUAAUCAGAAUCUGCAAACAAGUUGGAAGUUGAGAUCAGGAACUGGAAAUGAGUGAAAUCAGAAAUCUAAUUUCAUUGUUGCUAGAGAAAAGUAUAAUGGAAUCUGCCAUGGAGAUAUUAAUGAAUAAAAAAUCAGUAGAAUAUUGUGAC